GACAACACAGUGGAUAAUAUACUUAAAAACCUUGAAUCCUCGAUAACGUGUCCACAGUGUUCCGACGUUUUCAAGGAUCCUCGACUGUCCGUCUGUUUGCAUAGUUUCUGUUACAAAUGUUUGGAGAAGCUGUGGAGUCAAGAUGCGUCCGACCGUCUAUUUCGAUGUCCAAUUUGCCUGACAGAGGAGACCGCACCAGUCGAGAGCCCAGCUUCCGAGGUGUCGGAGUCGCCGUCAAAUCUCCACCUGAAUCGCCUCCUGGAUCUUAGCAAGGUUAAGAAGUUGAAAGAACAGCAAGGACUUUGCGACAACUGUGCAGAAAUGUCCAUGUUGGAAGUGUUCUGUUUCGACUGCGACGUUUACCUUUGCUCGGCAUGUAUGAAUGCCCACUCUCAGAUGACGGUGAAGAAGAGACACCGGCAGCGCAAGCUGCAGGAGUUUGAAAGCGUCGACUACGACAGGCUGUACAGACGUCCUAUUUAUUGCGAGCACGAACGAAAAGACCUAGAAGGUAUUGAGUUUUAUUGUCCCGACUGCGAUGUGUACAUGUGCGCUUUGUGCAACAUAGUUGACGAGGAGUAUCACACAACACAAGACAUUCAAGAAAUAGGCGACAGAGGCAAGGCCGAGAUCAGAGAAAAGGCCGCCAUCGUCCGUGAAAAAAGUCGCCAGAUUCGAACGGGAAUUGAGAACGCGGAUAGACGAAUGGCAGAAAUCGAUAGACGUGUAGACGCACUGAAGAAUGAAGUGAAUGCAAAGGUCGCCAAUCUGGUACAAAUCCUUACAAAUCACGGCAAAGAGAUGAUUCAAGUGUUGGAAGAUAUUCGAAGCGACAAGAAAGACAAGCUUCUGUCGCAGAAGAGACAGUUUGAGACCCUUGAUACUCAAACAGCCAGCUCACUCGAGUUUGUGGAUUCUCUUCUGAGGAGAGAAUUCGCAGCCGAAAUUAUGAUGCUGAGAGAUCGCGUGAUCUCUCGACUGGAGAAAAUGGAUGAUUUAAUUGUCGACACGCGACCAGUGGUGGGUGCCGCCGUAGAAUACAUCCCCAAUCCUUCGCUUGUAAGCACCCUGGAGUCUGCAUCCCUUGGGCAAAUUGUCGUGAGUAACACAGAUCCACUUUCCUGUUUCGCAGAGGGUGAAGGGCUCGGGAAAUCUUUCGUUGGAGAAGAAACGUGUUUCGCCGUGACAACUCGUGACCUGAAAGGCGAGGUGUGUUACAGCGUCGCUGAUCGUGUCACAGUGCAG